AUUUUCGUUGUAGAUCAACUAAGUUAAUAAUAUCGAAGUCGUUAUUGGCUCAGCUACAUUACUUUUUCGCUACUGUCAAAGUAAGAACAGUAAUUACCAGAAGAUUCUGCCAAAAGCCACGAAGACGUUGCUCGGUGAAUCUAGGAAUUGUUGAAGUGAAUUUCGCUUAGCUGUCAAUCUAUUUUGGGACUUUAUGCAUGAUUAAUUUCUUCGAGGGACGGCGUGUUUUGGGAACUCUAGCUUGAAGCGCAUUAUAACUCGCUUAAAUUUCGAGACGCGGACUUUAGAGGAGAUGAAUUUGAAUCUACAAGCGUUAUCAUUGACUCCAAGAUUUCCACCAAGCAUUCCAACAUGCUUAGAGGGCGUAAAGGGAAACUAGUCAUCAAUACCCCACCCUCUCCUAUAGAGUUGAAACACAGCCGCAAACCAGACGAGGAUUUAAAACACAGUCUAAAACCAGUUGAACCUGCCAAACCGGUUAUGUCACUAAAAGCAGACGACACCCUGCGACCCAUUUUGGUUCUCUUGCUUCUAAUUGGCUACGUGGAUAAACGGUUUCGCUUUCAAGGGAUUUUCGGGGGAAUUGUAUGGAUACUUAGCUUGACUAUCCGUUGCGCAUUCGACUUCCUAUCGGCGAAGAAGACGUAUGAUUACGCCUGGUUAACAAUUCAGUUCCUGCUGUUUGCAGGGCUGGCUAUUUGCACGUAUUCUGUAAAAGGAAAAGCCAUGCCUUGGCUUGAGAAAGGACUCCAUCAGUUGGAGGGGAGCGGAGAGUAUUUGAAGACUUGUGCACGGCUGAGAAAAGUAUUUCGGGGAAUCCCCCUCGUUGUCAUCGCAUUCUCCCUUUUCGCUACCGGUCUGGAGUUCUUUUGCUAUUGGUACGACAAUGCUUUCAGCGUGUCUUUCGAGCAGAAGGUGCCAGCGGCGGUCGAGAUAUUUCUUAAAGCAGUCUGGUUCGUAACCAACGUGCACGUGUUAUACGCCUUUGCCUCGUUCUGGUGCAUUGCCAUGUGCAACAUGUACAUAACAGGAUACUCAAUGAUCGACUACCACGACACCAUGUCGACUCAUCUAAAGAAUAAAGAGACACCAAUAACUUUUCGCCAAGCGGUACACUCAUUCGCGGAGAGGGGGACUUUCCUCAAGAAAUCUGCGUCAGCUUGUAGGGUUUCAUUGGCGUUUUUGGUGAUUUACAGCGUCGCGUCCCUAGCGGUGAACGCGUUUUACUAUCUGUACAAGGAGCGCAAAGCUGGCUACGUGUUCUUCGCACUCGUGCCUACUAUCUGCUCUGUCUACCCACUAUGCCUUGCGGCCUGGGUCACCAAGCAAUACAAAUGGUAUUUGGCUGUGGUGGUGAAAGCCUGGGCCGAGAGACCCGAAAGUACAGACGAGGACGAGGAAAGUGAGCCUGAACAUCACAAGAAGAAGGAUAAGGACAAGAAAUUCGGGCGAAAAUUCACCAAACGCAUAAAAAGCGCGCGAAAACCUCAAGAGAAAAAGACAGAAGACAAAACAUUUCGUCGUCGCAGUCUAAUGCCAUUACGUCCAAUCCAGUCUAAUCAUCUUUCCAAUGGUUCCUAUUCCGAUACGGAAAGUCAUGUAGAGGAAAUUCCCAUCAGGGGAAAGUUGAAACCACUUGGGGAAAAGCUAUUUCCACCGCCUAGAAACGUUCACUUCUCAUCCGUCAGUGGUAGCGAAGAUGACGACGAUUUCACGAGUCGUAAAGCGCGAAGCGAGGGCUACAAAAGCGACGCAAGCUCUAACCCUUCCCGAGUAAACUCGAGUUCUUCUUUGCAAAGCCCGAACUCUCGAUCACAAAAAGAUACGGGAAAGCUGUUUCCACAGGCCUCCCAAGAAUCAGUGCGAUCAGCAUCUGCUAGUGAUCAAGAAGGUGUAACGGACGAUGAUAAAGAAAAAGGAGAAAAACCAAAGGUGGACCGUAAACGGGUGAUGGAAUUGAUCCUCAGAGGCACUGCCAAAGCUGUAGGCCGACUGCAGCACAGGGCGAAGCUGCCUAAGUUUAACUUCGAGAAAUACAUCUCUUACCUUCAAAAUGUCAUCCCGACCGUAGGGUUUGACAUCCUCGGGAUUAACGUCACGUGGAACAUGGUCUCCACGCUGUUGUUUCUAGAAGUUUCCUUACUAGCACUUUUUGUGCAAGAGUCCAUAUUUGGGAAUCAAACUGCCCAAGUGCAGUUAUAGCAGGAUUUAUUUGGUUAAAAAUAGGAUACCUGUGUUCUAAGUAUUGAAAGUUAUUUGGUAAAGUUCGUGUCAAUCAAAUUCUACGUUUCUCAAAUCCUCAUUGUAAUUGGUUUACUUAAGAAAGCUUAAGGUGACCACGGUAGCGCACGUCAUCUCAGAUUACAUGUUUCUCUUAUCCAUAUUGGCUUACUUCACAAAACUGUCAAGGUGGCCACGGUAGCGCACGUCGCAAUGUAAUGGUAGCGAUAGGCUCUCAGUAAGAAAAGGAUCAUAUUGUUUUUGUCAAGCCCAACAAUUAAGUUUGGAUUAUUCCUACGAGGUUUAUAAAGCCUUUUAGAUAGGUAUGGAUUAAUUCAUAUUUUUAUUUCUUUAUUCAUCCCUUUGAUUUUCUAACAAUCCAUUUACCAUGUUUUCACGCAAAUCAGGGCUUUAGCAGGCUUCGAAAUAUUAAGGGGGUACAAAAACAUAAAGAAAAUAUUGGGGAGGGGGGUACAGUCAAGACUCACGCCGCUACUGGUCCCACUCUUUCUCGGCCCUGCAAAUGGUUCGCUAUCUUAGCUUCUAAUGAAGGUAUAAGUGUAUAGAUUCAUCAUUAAUAAAAUAAAAAAUUAUUAUGAUUCUAUCCUAACAGUUCAGUGAAGAAAAUGUAGUUUUUUUUAGUUUGAACCGAAUGUAUAAUGAUAUUUUCUUUUGUAAUAAAUCUUUAGUAUAAUAA